CGCUAUUACUAGCUCACCGGCUGGACAUUGACCUCACCAAUUCGUUCUCUUACACGGCAUUGUCUCUGUGUCGCAGACGAACACAACUUUAAGAGAUGGUAAAUACAUGCGCCCUCACCGUUCAAUGUGCAUUCUUACUCGUUUCUUGUCUGCAGCAAUAUCUUGGACCGCGACAGUCGGAGAGGAUGAUCUCCGCGAUUCGCCAAUCAGAAUCACACUACGCCCCGAACAUCUGCAAGGCCUGGAAGUGAGCAUGGCGUGUCGUUCGGCAAUUGCGUCGCCACAAAAUUCGAUCCGACACGAGAUUGCGAUAACAAUGCUCUGUCCCAAAUGGGUUAUCAGAUUUAAUGAGAAGUUUGGCUGGCUAGAAUCCAAAAAAGUCGAAAAAGAGUCGACAAUUACAAGUGAAAAAAAGGUUGGUGGUUAAGAAGGUUGGCACGGCGAGCUGAUCGUUCUGGAUCAAGAUUUAAGAGUUAAUUAUCCAGAUUGAUAUUGAUACAUAAGCGAAACUAGGAGCAGUGCGUAUAUAAUACUAUUCAG